ACGUCGUCCUGCGGCGGAGUCUCAAUGAUGUCACUGAAAAAGCCACGCCUCUCAGAGCGCAGCAACCGGAAAAUACUGAGGAAUGCGGCGACGUUAAGAUUGAUUCAUUUGAAGACCGCAAAUCAUGGCUGGCUUCAGGCAGGAAGAUGUGGAGCUGUACUAUGAAAUGGAAGAGGAGUUAGGAAGUGGGCAGUUUGCCAUUGUGCGUAAAUGUAAAGAAAAGAGCACCGGAACAGAAUAUGCCGCCAAGUUUAUCAAGAAGAGACGCCUGUCAUCCAGCCGACGAGGCGUGAGCCGAAAGGAGAUUGAGCGAGAGGUGAACAUCCUUCGAGAGAUCCAACACAGCAACAUCAUCACCCUCCAUGACAUCUUUGAGAACAAGACUGAUGUGAUCCUGAUUCUGGAGCUGGUGUCUGGAGGGGAGCUGUUUGAUUUCCUGGCUGAGAAGGAGUCACUGACUGAGGAGGAGGCCACACAGUUCCUCAAGCAGAUCCUGGAUGGAGUUCACUACCUCCACUCGAAACGCAUAGCACACUUUGACUUGAAGCCUGAGAACAUAAUGCUGCUGGAUAAAAAUGUGCCGAACCCCAGAAUCAAGCUGAUAGAUUUUGGAAUUGCUCAUCAGAUUAAGUAUGGAAAUGAAUUUAAAAACAUCUUUGGAACUCCUGAGUUUGUUGCACCGGAAAUUGUUAAUUAUGAGCCUCUUGGCCUGGAGGCAGAUAUGUGGAGCAUUGGAGUUAUCACAUAUAUACUCUUGAGUGGCGCUUCUCCGUUUCUUGGCGAGACCAAACAAGAAACACUUACCAACAUUUCAGCUGUCAACUAUGACUUUGAUGAAGAGUACUUCAGUAACACAAGUGAGCUCGCCAAGGACUUCAUUCGCCGACUGCUGGUCAAGGAUCCUAAGAAGAGAAUGACAAUCGAAGACAGUCUCCAGCAUCCCUGGAUCAAGGUGAUUAAGAGGCGUAAUGUUCGGCCUGAGGAGUGCGAGCGCAAGCCAGAGCGCAGGCGUCUGAAGACCACCCGUCUGAAGGAGUAUACCAUCAAAUCCCACUCCAGCAUGCCUCCCAACAACACCUACAUCAACUUUGAGCGCUUCUCCCAGGUCAUGGAGGAGAUCUCAGCGGCCGAGGAAGGCCUACGAGAGCUGGAGAAGAACCAGCGCUCCUGCGCUGAGGACGUGGCCGCUCUGCUUUCCAUCUAUGAGGAGAAAGAAAGCUGGUACAAGGAGGAGAACGAAAGCAUCGCUGCAGAUCUGAAUCAGAUCAAACAGGAGCUGCAGAGAGCACAAGCCCUGCGCAGACAGAGCCAGGAAGAGGCCCGCGCCGCCAUGCUGUCAGCCAAUGCCCUCAAACGCAAGUUUGGCCGGUUGGAGAACCGCUACGAAGUGCUCGCUGAGCAGAUGGUCUCCGAGGUGCGCUGGGUGGAAGAGCUGGUGCGCUCGAUUUCAGCUGAAAAUGACUCUCGCAGCACCAGCAUGGCUUGAGCUGCUCUGUUUGCUUUCUGAAGGCAAUGACUAUCUUAAUAUCUUCGCUUGGUAUGUGCAGGGCAGAUAUAGAGUAUUAAACUUUGCAAUAAGCUUCAUGUAAGCCUGUAGAGUUCAUGUUACUCCUAGAACAAAAGCAUUGCAAAAUGGUAUUUUCUAUAAAUGCUGAGUGAGGGUGUGUACGUGUUUCGCUUGUGCAUUGCAGUAUCCUUAUGUGAUGCCGGUCUGUUACAGCUGAAGCAAGCAUUUAGUAUUUUUAAUUGUCACCUCAAAAAUAUACAUGCUGGAUCAGUAGAUAAAAAUGAGUUUAUUUACAGUUCUGUUACAGCACUCAGAGCAAAGCAUAUUAUUAAUGUACAUUGUGAGUAAUGCACUACACAGUCCUCUAUGAGGAAUUUAAUAAUCUCAAGAUGCCAGUUGCUUUUAUUGCUCUGCAUGUCCGCUUUUCCUAUGCAAAUCGAAUUCUAAUUUUAUGAUAUGAGACAAAGAAAAUGACUUCUACACUUAUGAUUGUCCUAAAGGCUGUCUUGAAUUAUCUGUACAUAUAUCUAAUACUCAGUAAGCUGCUUCUGUAUCUAUGAAUAUGACGAUUUAAGGGGAUAGUUCACCUAAAAAUGAAAAUUUUGUCAUUUACUUACCUUCAUACCAUUCCAGAUCCAUGUGACUUAUUUUCCUCUGUGGAAAGCAAAAAGUUAUAUUUUUUAAAAAUGUCUUGGUGUAUAUAUAUAUAUAUAUAUAUGUGUGUGUGUGUAGUCAUAGU